AUGAGUCAACAAAGAGUUAAAGACGAAAAGCCUUCCACAACAAGUGUGAGAGCAAAUUUUGUUCGGGUUUCCGAUUUGCAGAAAAAUGGAGGCUCUGGAAUUGAUUAUAAGAAUUUAUUUGGUCACAAGAAGACUGCAUCCUCUUCUUCAUCAUCUUCCGUAAAAGCCUCUUCUUCAUCAAUUGAAAAAAAGAAGCCUUCCCGAUCAUCAACAAGUAGUACAACAACAUCAAAAACAGAAAAGAAAAAAGCACCCGUUAAAAGAAAAUAUAAAUCUAGAAAUUCUGAACCUGUCAAAAAGGUUGAAAAAGGUGACAAACUCAAAUGGAUAACAAGAAAAGGAAAGAAAUAUGUAUCUUAUAAUGGAAAGAAAUAUAGUGGAAAAAAAGGUAUAGUUAAAUUGUUAUACAUUCUCAUUAAAUCAUUAAGCUUUUCAAAUUUACAAAGAGUGGAAGGAAGUAAAUGGAGAAGCAUCAGAUGA